GCCUGUUUCGCUGCGCGCUCGUGCGCCAGCUGCCACGCUGUGCCGCCGGCGUCCCUGGAGACCCCGCAGUGCGAGAUGUGCGACAACCUCGCCCUGUGGUGUCCUGAGUGCACCACACCAGAGCAGCGGGCGGCGGGCCUGUGUAAAACACAUUGGGAUUCCCCCGAGUGCGCAUUCUGUUACAGGACCGAGGACCCCGCCACCAAGGAACCGCUGCAGGUUUCCAUGAUCGAAUGCGGAACAGAGAGCUGCUCCAAAGUCGUGAGGAGCUGCUCUGUGUGCUCGUCGCAUUUCAAGAAGAGCGCGGCGCUGUGCGACGUGUGCUGGAAGGCAGCUGGCUCCAAGUGCAUCGGAUGCGGUGUCAAACCAGCCCGGACCGCCAGGGUAUAUCAGCACUUUUGCAAGAAAUGCUUCGGGGAGGAGAGGCUGGCAGACCUCGUCCGUGACGAGAGCAAAAAGUUCCUCGCCGACGAGCCGCGACCGCAGAGGCUCGACGACGACGUACUCCUCGCUCUGGCAAAGCCCGAGCCCGGGUCCUUGCCGAAGUACGCGGAGACGCCCGAGUACCUGGGCCCGAACCAUUGCCGCUUCUGCAAGCAACCGUGGGGUGACUCCGACGACGACGACAAGCGACGGCACCUGCUCGAGGAGUGCAGGCAUGAUCUCCAUCAACGAGACGGCGAAGACAUUCUCCAGACGCACCGGAGGACAGUGCUCGAACGGGCGCGCGCAGAGGGCCUGGACGCGGUCAGUCCGCAGGUGGGCAGGUUCUGUGUGGCGCAGUACAAGAAUGCGCAGACGGACGAACGAUACGUCCAUGAUGCCUGUGCCGUCUGCUGUCGAAAGACGCCCAAGUGCGACUUGAAUCGAGUUCACAUCCCAUCGUCGAGCAGCGACAAGUGCCCGGAGUGGUUAUCGUGGUCCGAAGAGUUCUGGAAUGAAAACAAGGAGACGUGGUACGAGCAGGUCGACAAGCUCCUCAGCAUUGAACAGUACUUGAAAAAGUUCUUCAAGGUGUCUGAGCGAGCCCAGGAAGCGCGAGAGAGCGUGGAGGCGUGCAGCCGCGGGGAGCCGCACGAGCUCGGGUUCACGAAGGUGGAGGACGCAAAGAACUGGGUCGACCGCGUGCGCCUUUGGGAAGACAAUCUGAGGAGAGACAUGCGGGAGCACUCCGUUGUCUCUCCAGGUGAUCCGAAUCAUCGGUGGGUAUUGUACAAGUCCGCAGUACGCACGGAUGCGCCCGAGGGCAGCGGCGGAGAUCUUCGCGUGAGCAUGUGCAAGGAGUGCGCCGAAGCAUUGUCGAACACGCACACAGACAGCCGCGGGCGGUGCCGCCCGCGGCUGCGCAUGCCCAGCGAGGCUCUCGCGAAUGGCAUGUGGCGUGGUCCUGACCCGGAAGAGCUCACGAACUUAACGUACACCGAGUGCAAGGUGAUCAACCUGGCGAGGGUGUACGUCAGCGUGAAGCGCGUGUUGUUGGACAGGGCGUCUUUCGCCAGGACGAGUGCCGACGAGGCGCCGCGCUAUCACCAGAAGAACGUUGUUGCGUACCCGCAGAGCCCCGACGCGGCUCUGACUGCCAUCGGACUGUCGCCGAUGGCCCUGGCGCACACUCUGAUCGUCCAGUUCGUGGGAAGCCGCGCUGACGGUAUCUGGCAUCAUCCUGACUUGCAAGUUUCCGUGGCGCGACUUCGAGCAGCAUUUCGUUGGUUGUGCUCCAACAGCUGGAACCACAUGGAAGCCACGCGACACCAUGCCGCAUGUGCGGAUUCUGGCUUACUCCACGAGUCGAUCGAGGAGUUGCUGGACGCGUACGCGACGAGCGUUGGUGGAUCCUCGGGCGUUCCGCGCGAGCUCGUCGACUCGGCGACGUCGAUCAGCGGCUCAAGAGCUUCGGUGCAGUCUAAAGGACCAGCUGACUGCACGGAAGAAGGUGAACGCGACACGGAGGAGAACGGGCCCGAAGAGGCGGAGAACGCCGCCGUCGUUAACGGCGGUUUAGCAGACGUCGACUCCCUGCAGCUGUGGACACAGGUCAUCAAAAACUUUAAGGCGGCACAGCGGUUUAAAGAGGAAUUGGCCGCUCUAGACCCCGCCGACUUAUCUGCUCGCGCCGAGAAGAAGAGAAUGCACGGUGUGAGCAUGGCCCAGGCCAUCGAAGACCUGGAGAAGCUGUCGAAUGAGAAGAUGCGAAAACGUUUGGAAGAGUGGGCGCGGUCGGAGACUGACGACAGAGCGCCCUUGAAGAUCACGCACGAGACCACGUUCUUGUCUGCUCGCACGCCGAACUUUUGGGCGUCCUGCUUCGUUCGGCUGUUUCCUCGGGGAGACUGUCAGGAAACAUGCCCAGAACGUAAAGCGGCGGAUAGUACCGUAUCGUUCUUGUCUUCCAAUAAGUGGAUCCAGUGCUUACUUAAACGAGCAGAUUGCGAUUACUGGCGGAAGGACCUGGAGUUCGUCGCAUCCGUGGUCAACAUCUUUAUGCGUCGAGAUCAGAUGAGCAAGGUGGAAGCGUGCAUGAGGGAGACGCCCGGCGGCGGCUUCAUGGGCAUAACUCCCGGUGAGAUGCAAAGGAUGAACGAGAUCACAGCGGAAGGUUUGGUUGCCGCCGCGAUCGCGAUGGGAGGUGAUGCGAAGGGCAUGAGCGAUCUUCUGAGGCAUGAAAAGUUGACCCAACCAGUCCGCACAGCCGCUGAAAAAAUGCAGGCCGCGUCCCGGAAAGUGCGUGGAUCUGCCGAAGAGCGGGACUCGUACAGGUGGAAUUUCCGAGCUCUUCAGAUAAACUCGGGCUGCUCGACUUUGUUCUUUACGCUGAAUCCCCACGACAUUCGCAGUCCGCUGACGGUGCUACUGGUGCAGGACGGCACGGAGAUGCAGAGGCGAUUCUCCCUGAACAUGAGCGACAAGGAGGCGGAGGACUGGAUGAAAGAAUUUCAAGCAGAGCACCCUCGUCUUCUCCACCGUCGCGUGGCGCAAGACCCUUACUAUGCCCAACGUGUUUUCCACUCGACCGUCAAAGACGUGAUGCGCUAUAUAUUCAACUGCGCUGAUGGACCCUCGAACCUGCCUCCGGAUGGCAUCGCGGCGAGCGAGGUGCCCGGUGUAUUCGGGUACGUGCGCUCCUAUCUCGGAGUUGUUGAGGAACAGAUGCGGAAGGCGCUGCACAUACACAUGCUCGCGCAGAUUCUUGGCUUCUCGCAUCCCGACGAUAUCUUCAAGAAGAACUCUUUCCUCGACGAAUUUAAGCGUCUCUACUACUAUCACGCCUCAGUCAUGUUCCGCAGCCAGGAAGCCGUAGCGCAUCAUUUCGCCGUUCCUGUGGCGAUGAGAACCACCGCCGGGCUGCCGUUGUUCCCGGUGACUCUGAAGCAGCGGAGCAUGAUCGGCAGCGCUCGCGUUGAGGAGAGCAACCUCGCGCAGACCGUGGCGCGCGGACUCGACGUGCCGCCUGCUCUAUCCAGGAGCGUGCCUGAGUAUCCCUUCUUCGUGGGUUCGUAUCACGGCGACGAGAACGUGUCCGGUAGCGACUGGGGCAGCCGCGCUGUUGUUGAGAUUUUUUCAAGGAGUCGCAAGACGGGCAACCACGUGUGCAAGCCGUCCGUCUGUCACAAGGGGCGUCUCGGAAAGCGUGGUUUUUGCCGCAUGUUCUAUUGGCAUCUCGUGAAGGUGGAGGACCCGAAGACGGGGCGCCUCGUCGCCAAACGACAGCAUGGCUUGCAGCUGCAUCCUCGAUGGGAUGGCGUUGGGCCUCCGCCGAUUCUAGGGUAUCCACACGUUGGGUUGCCGGCUCUGGAGACGACGCACCAGUGGCACUUCAAGCUUUCCUGCCCGAUCAUGCUCGGCCCGCAGUGCAAUCACGACAUCCAAGUGCUCCCGCGGUUGCGCGCUCUGAAGAGCAGCAGCCCAGACGCCGUGCCCGAUGAGGCAGAGGUUGCCACCGCCAGAGCGGGAAUGAUAGAGCAGCAGGCGGCGAAUGAGUUUUACUGUUCGUCAUACUCUAGCAAGUCCGCGCCGCACGCGGAGGGACUCGUGCUGACUCUUGCAGUCUCGCUCCAUCAGAAAGAGCCAGACGCGAAGGAGGCUGCUGGCCGCGGCGACGAGCCUGAGAACGUGCACGAGAAGGCGAAGCGGAUUCUCCACAGGCUGUUGUCGGCGACGAACAACAGGAUGCACAAAGGGUUUCCAGAGAUGCUCAGUUACCUGCUUGAGGAGCCGACCCUGUACUCUAGCCACGAGUUCGUUACCGUCUUGACGCCAGGCCUCAGCAUGCUGAUCUCGAAAAGGUUGAGCGAGGUCGCAACCGGUGCAGAGACGAGUGGACCCUCCACUGCCGCGCGUCCGUACUCUACGAAACUCUACCGAAGGCCGUUCCUGACGGAGUACGAUUACCUCUACCGCCCCGACGAGCUGGAGGAUUUCCCAUUGUACUUUUUCUUCGCGGCUUGCGAAGCUCGGCAAGCUCGCCCUGACGGACAUCGCCCCGUGAACACUCUGGCGUGGCACGUCGCGGCCGACGGUAAGCGUCAGUUCUCUGCAGAAAAGCUAUACAGCCGGGAGCACGAAAAAGUGCCUCUGCGCGGAGAUCCUUCGGAGCAUCACCCCCUCGGGCCUGAGCUAUACAAGUACGCGUACUACGUGACCGUCCGCUUGAGCAUCGCGUGGCGGAUACCUGUUCUUCGCGGAUUUCUCCCUCCGUGCCCGGAGGCAAAGAAAGACGGAGAUGACGAAGCUAAGAGAUUAGAAGACGAGGUUAAGUACGCGGUGUACGUGCAACUGCUCUUUCGACCUUUCCGAACAGUGGAGGACGUGCUGCGUCGCGCCCCGCCCGCGCCGUGGACGCACAACCUGCGGAGUACUACGGCGCAUUUUUGA